AUGACUGCACGUCUACUUCAUCCCGAUGAAUGGGAACUUGCCUCACGGUCCUCAGUUGACUCGCAGGGGACAUUCAACCUCGACGAGGAUGAUUUUGAAGCACAAGUCCCUUCUUCAUCCAAAUUUGGAAAACACCAGGGCGGCUGGCUCUCCCGAAUCAUCUCCUCAGCGUCAGCGGGUUAUCGCCGCCUGAACAACCCUUCUAGACCGGCCCUCGCAGGCACACCACGACCGAGUUGUUCUCGACGUUUCUGUAUUCGCCGCUGUUGCUACCUCCCCGUCGUCGCCGGCAUCGUUUUCACCCUUGCGCUUUUCACCUCAAUGCUCUUCCCAUCAUAUACCCAUCUCCCCCCACACUACUCUGCACUCCGCAAAUCACUACUCGAGAGCUCAUAUCCCGGACGAGGCAAUCCCCGCCAGGAAAAGGUCUUUAUUGCAGCAAGUCUGUAUGAUAGUGGUGGCGAGCUUGCUAAGGGCCAAUGGGGAACGCAACUGCUGGAGCUGAUUGAUCUGCUUGGACCUGACAACGUGUUCCUGAGUAUCUACGAGAAUGACAGUGGCGAGGAGGGAGAGCGCGCAUUGCGCGCGUUAGAGGAGCAAGUGAAGUGCCAGAAAUCCAUUGUAUCUGAAAAGCACCUCGACCCGAAGACUAUACCCACUGUGACCAUUCCCGGUGGAUCAAAGCGAAUUAAGCGCAUCGAAUAUCUGGCCCAGGUUCGGAACCGAGCACUACAGCCAUUGACCGACCACCCGGAGAUGAAAUUCGAUAAACUACUCUAUCUGAACGACAUCCUCUUCCACCCCGCCGAGGUCCCUCAGCUCUUAUUCUCAACAAAUGCCAAUGAAGACGGUGUUGCCCAAUACCGUGCAGCCUGCGCUGUAGACUUUGACAACCCUAUCAAAUUCUACGAUACAUAUGCCACCCGCGAUCUUGAAGGUUACAGCAUGGGUCUCCCCUUCUACCCAUGGUUCACGUCAUCCGGCAAAGGCGAGAGCCGAAGCGAUGUGCUGGCCGGUAAAGACGCAGUGCGAGUGCGCAGCUGUUGGGGCGGAAUGGUGGCAUUUGAUGCCAAAUACUUCCAAACCGGUUCGCCGCCUACAACCCCCAACCCAGCACGCUUCCGCUCCGGAAAAGAUCUCUUCUGGGAGGCGUCUGAAUGCUGCCUCAUCCACGCGGACAUCCAAGACCCGCCAACCAACGUCGAUGAUAUCACCGAUACGGGCAUCUACAUGAACCCGUUCGUGCGGACCGCUUAUGACCACCGCACCCUCUCUUGGUUGGGAGUCACCCGCCGCUUCGAGGGGCUGUACUCGUUCCUCCACAACCUAGGAAAUCACCUUGUCGGUCUGCCUUGGGACAAUCCCCGCCGCGCAGAAGUCCCCGGUCAAACUGUGCAGGAGACUGUGUGGGUUCCGGACGCUACGCAGGAUGGCGGUUCUUUCAAAGUCGUUGAUCGGGUUGCGGGCAAUGAUGGCUUCUGUGGUCGUCGUGGCCUUCAGGUCAUUGUUGAAGACCGUAAGCCCGGGCAGAAAGGAUUCGAGAGUAUUCCUGUUCCGUCGUAG